ACUGCGAGGUCUUCAAUGGUCAUCGUCACUCGCGCACUGCCGGCCCUACUGGCUCUCAACCCAGCUGUGUUCUCGACCCCGACCAUCCGGAUUUCUAUUGGUCCUUUUUAAACGGCGUUCUCCUCAGCAGCCCAUGCACGGCCGCAGCAGCUCCUCCAUCCAGGUUCCUCCUUCUCAGACACUCAUCCUGACUGGCUGCUGCCUGUGGUUCAGAUGUUGGGAGACAAGGCUCACGGUGUCACUUUGAAGGUUAUGGAAUACACAUAUGAUGAUGACCUGGAAGAGCUGUGUCCUGUGUGCGGAGACAAGGUGUCCGGGUACCACUACGGCCUGCUCACCUGCGAGAGCUGCAAGGGCUUCUUCAAGAGGACCGUGCAGAACAACAAGAGGUACACGUGUGCGGAGAACCAGGAGUGUAAAAUAGACAAAACGCAGAGGAAGAGAUGUCCUUUCUGCCGCUUCCAGAAGUGCCUCAACGUGGGGAUGCGGCUAGAAGCGGUGCGCGCAGACCGCAUGCGUGGGGGGAGGAAUAAAUUUGGCCCCAUGUACAAGAGAGACAGGGCCUUGAAGCAGCAGAAGAAGGCUUUGAUACGAUCCAACGGGUUCAAGCUGGAGGGCGCUGCUCCUCCGCCGGCCUCGCCUCUUCAGACGGACUACGGAUUCACCGGCACCCUGCACAGCCUGCCCACCAUCUCCAAAUGUCUGCUUCCCUCCACCCCGAGCUCCAUCACCCCUACGGAGUACGAGGCCAACCUCUACGGACCCCCAUCCCUGGGCAUGGCCAUGCAGUCCCACGUGCCGCUUCCCUCUCAGUACCAGUACACAGCCUUCCCUGGCAGGCCGAUUAAAGCCGAAUGUCCCGACUACACCAGCUCCCCUGAGUCUCUGACCGGAUACCCCUACCCAGACAUGUACCCCUCGGCCUCGCCACAGCCGCCCAGCCUGCCGCCGCUGGUGUUGGAGCUGCUGCGCUGCGAUCCGGACGAGCUGGUGGUGCAGAAUAAGAUCGUAGCUCAUCUGCAGCAGGAGCAGAGUGGCCGGGGACGGCUGGACAAGCCCAGCACCUUCAGCCUCAUGUGCCGCAUGGCAGACCAGACUCUAUUCUCCAUAGUGGAGUGGGCUCGCAGCUGCAUCUUCUUCAAGGAGCUCAGGGUGGGAGAUCAAAUGAAGCUGCUCCAUAACUGCUGGUCUGAACUUCUGGUCCUGGAUCACAUCUUCAGACAAGUGCAACAUGGACAGGAAGACAGUAUCCUGCUCGUGACCGGCCAGGAGGUGGAGCUGUCGUUCAUCCUGUCCCAAGCUGAGGCGACUCUGUCCAGCCUGGUCCAGAGAGGGCAGGAGCUGGCGGCGAGGCUGCGGGCGCUGCAGUUGGACCGCAGAGAGAUCGCCUGUCUGAAGUUCCUCCUCCUGUUCAACCCCAAUGUGAAGCUGCUGGAGGACCAGGCAUUCGUAGAGGGCGUCCAGGAGCAGGUGAACGGUGCUCUGCUGGAGUACACCCUGUCCACCUACCCUCAGUUCCAGGAGAAGUUCAGCCAGCUGGUUGUGCGGCUGCCGGAGCUUCGCUCCCUCAGCACGCAGGCUGAGGACUACCUGUGCUACAUGCACCUGAGCGGAGAGGUGCCCUGCAACAACCUGCUCAUCGAGAUGCUGCACGCCAAGCGAGCGUGCGUGUGAGGAACACACACAGGUGGCGCCCCGUCAUGUGUUGUUUCUCUUGGUGAAACUGUCUGUGUGGGAGGGAAAGUGUGAUUGGGAUAACAAAAAAAAAAGUGGAAUGGCAAUAGACAGGUUCAUAUUGGGUCAUCUUCGUGAGGGCUUUUGUUUGAGUUGGAGAGGAAAAAAAGCUUUUUAGAGUUUGGAAUUAUAAAGCUCCAUCUGUAUUCAAGGUUCAACAUUUUGAAUGUUAAUGUUUUCAUAUUCUGCAGAGCGACAUUAUUGUGACAUUUAUAAACUGGAUUUUCUACCUUGUUUUCAAAAACCUAAAAUGAGAUCUGCCUGUAGUUACAUUAUAUCCUCUUCCACCAAAUAUCGCAUGAAUCCAACACCACGACAAGAUUUUCUACGUCCCACAGAGCUGCCCAGCAAUCAUUUAGACUCAGAGGACCAACUUCAACCUGCAUCAGUGCUGAGCAGUCAUGACAGCAUUGUGACUGUUGAGGUCUCUGUCCAUAGCUGCAAACUGCAUCCUUUUUAAACAUCCAUACAUAAAUAUUGUUCUGAUAUGACUGUAAAACUGUCUCCAAUGCCACUUAAGGAGUUCUAAUGUAAAAUCUGGUGCUGUGGGAGCUGAUGUCAAACUGUCACAUGACCCAACAGGACUAUUUGUUAAAUGCUUGCUGGGUGAGCUAAUGUGCACUCUUCACAACAGAUCUUUUUCUGAAAUUAGUCGUUUUUGAUCCAAAUGUCAGAUGCAAGUUUAUGAUUCCAAGUUCACCAACACUGCUUAGUAUUAUUAUUAUUCUUUUUUUUUAGAUGAAGACAGGCUUCAGGAUAUCUCAACACGAUGUGGUCUCGUCAGACUAGACUAGAGGACUAGACUAGCACUGCUCGUAUCUCUACGCUUGUUCUUUUUUGCCACCAAUCUAAAAAAAAUAAAAGAAACUAAAAUAUGAAAGCUCUAUGGGGUUGAAUAUAGUUUUUUAAAAUAAACGUUAAUAUAUUGAUAUAUAGAAGCCAGUCAUGUUACAAAAACAUUAUUAUUCAGUUAUUCAUCAUACCCUUACCAAGGAAGAGAAAAUGAAAGGGAGAAAUAGAUAAGAAAGAGGAACAGAAUUAAAAAAGAGGAAAAGUUGUACACAGCGAUACAUUACGUAUGAAAAAAUAAAAGGAAGCCAGAAGAGCAGAAAGAGGAGUGACACAUCCAUAAGAGCGAAAUGAAUGGCACAGACAGCAUUGUUCCUUCCUUAAGUAAAGGUGUAAAUAACAACAGGAUGCUUAUGUUGGUGUUUGCCCUUCAGUAUCCACCGAGGAGCCAGACAGAGCCAACACAGGGAGGGAAAAGAUGCAUCUGGCUACAUUUGGUUUCAAGUUUCCUUGUAAAAUGUUAUUUGUUUAUGGGUCAAUGCCUCAAAAAAUCAUGUUCACACCUUUCAACACAUUGUACUGUAUGAUCUGAGUGUGUGCUGAUAGUGAUAUGUUUUGGACUGAAGCUGCUGUAGAGAUGGUUUUUAGUAGGCUACUCAUAGUGAAAAUUACUUUCCAGACUUAUACAUUCUGUAAAUAAUGUUAAUGCUUUCUUUCUUCGUAUUGUCGACAAAUCAAUCCCAUGAAAAGACCAAAACCAUCAAUGUGUCAAUAUUUUCUGACUUUCCAACCCUGUCUGUGGCUCUGUCUCAAACCCGUUGGAAAUAGUGCAUUCGUUGUUGACAUUUGGUGCAGGACGGGAGUUGGUCAUGAAAAAUCGAAUUUGGUUCCCUCCAAUAUUUGUAACGACCAUCAUCAAAUAACACCAAGAACUAAAAGAAAGCAGAUUUUCUGCCUCUCAAUAUUGUGUGUUAGACCGACUCCAAAAGACACCAGAUGCUCACUGAACACCUGCUUCAUGUUGUUGUUCAUCUCAACCAGCAACAGUGAACACAACAGCUGUACACCACACACAGGUUUGACAGUCUGUUUAAUUCACAGCAUCUCUGAUGCGCAUGUUAAAUAUAAACCAGUGUGUUGUGAACAUGUAACGGGAUGGCUGAGUUUCACUCAGUCACUAUUCUUUAGUACACUGAUUAACUGCAUCACUGUAUCAACCAGGUUGGCAUUGGUGGUUAAGACCUUGCCUGUGGAGCACGUCCUCGCCAUUCUGCUGUCUGUUCAGCCUGCACGCAUCUGCUGGUUGAAGACGUAAUACUUCAACACAAUGAGCUUGUAUACAGACUGUGUGUCAGGUGUGUUCUCAUUUGGCUACAAACCAGAACCAGUCCCAGAUCGCCCAGAUCAGCAACAAGAACAUUAGCCAUUAGUGCUAUAUUUCGAUUGGCUGUUCAUUCAUGUUUUUUGUGUGUGUUCCAUCUACCGCUAUCUACUGUUCCAUCUAUUCCUUAUGAUUGUGUUCGUACGAAGUGCAGAAUAAUGACAUAGAAACAGGGUCUGUGUGCUGAGUUACACAUGUGGUUCGACCAAUAUUUAGUUAAGCUUAGGAGAAGAUCAGGAUUUUGGUUUAAUUUUGGCAAAAAUAAUGGCAAGUUUACUUUCCUAAAGACUGUAAGGUGGAAGAGAGGGGGACAAGGUUCUGGAGACAGGCGCCGGGACCAGCAGAUCCAGCUCACUGUUCAGCUCAUUUUCUGUAACCAGUGUAGCAUUAAAGCGAGCUAGCUAACCAGCCAGCUGUAUGCUAAUUAGCAAGUUUGCUGAUUACACCACACAAAGUUGUCACUCAUCUGGCAAUAUCAACGUGAUUUCCUAUGUGUGGAGGAAGCAUUGGGUUUUAAAUUGUACUUGUUUACUCUGAUUCUCUUCGCUUGGUCAUGUCACUACUCGUUUUAGUCAAAAGCUCCCCCGAGUGACACAUGGCGCUCUAGUUUAUACGGAUGGUAGCAAUGACAACAUACACAUAGACAUCCUGCAAUGUUGAAUAGAAUGAGAAUGUAUGUAUUCUAUUCUCUCUCUAUCUCUAUGGCUGAAAUGUAAUUUGUUCAUAUUAAUGAUGUAACAAUCCGUAGCGAGAGACACAUCCAUCCUGCCGCCAUCAUUUGUAUUCAAAACAGAAGCUUCCAGAGCGCCAGAGAGGUGGAGCACAUUUCUGGAGAAAUGUGUCGAUUUAAGUUGCUGAAAGUUAACCUGUAACAGCAACCUGUACAGAUGCCUCAAUGUCAUCCACACCUGACAUACAUAUAUAUAUUUUUUUCUGACGCUAUUUUUCAUUGGUGUACCUCAGUAGCUAGCUAGAUUAUUACUAAAACAAGAUGAAAUUAGUCAUCAAAGACACCAGACCAGAGGUUUUUUUUUUAUUAUUUGACCGACGUGUGUCCCCUUUGAAUAAUUCAUUAAAUAAACAAGUUAGUGUUUAUUACAUAAUUUUGUUCUCAGGUUGAUGAGUGUAAACAUCAUGGGUCAGUAAUACUCUCCACUGAUGAGAACAUCCGAUAUAUUCCUGUAUAUUUUAUAUAUUUUUAGCAGACCAUCUUGUCGGACAACCAGUGAACCACACUGCAGGCCUUAUCGGCCACAUACACAGUGUCCGAAACCUGUGUGUUUGUAGCAGUCAGUGAUUUAUCUGUGGCACUUAUGUUAAAAAGUAACACUAAUGUUUUUCCCCAAACUGAACUCCCGGAUUUUUGAAAAGUGACACACCCUAUUUUAAAGCAAAUGACUCUCAGCGAUGUUGACAAUAUAACGGAUCAUUUAAAACCAUUCCUUGUUCAUCCAUUUCGAGGUAUCGUAGACAAUCACUCCGCCUGCCUUAACUUAAUGUCUGCCUGCAAAACAUGCACACACACACCUUGGUUUCCCAGUUGAGAUAGCUGUGUGUUAUCACCCUGUACAGUAUAUUUAUGUUGUGAAGUGACUAUCAACUGCAAGAUGAAGAUACUUUUCAACCGAAAGAGGUCUCCGCUUUAUGUUGAGGUCAAAUCGCUACUGUUGUGGAACUGAUUCUCUUGAUAUUGCCUUUGUUUUUGCUCUUUGUUGACUCUUUAUUUUCCUGUAAGUUGACGGUCCCGUCUUAAACUGAACUAACUAAAGUGUUUUUUUUCUCUUAAAAGAGAAAGUGACCAAAACUUUUUUUCUUUCAAUACAUUUUAUUGUAAUAGCAUCAAACCAAUAAAUUUCAGUGAAGUAAAGCUCC